CCCAAAAUCACAAAAACUCAAUAUUAAGCCAAGACCUCAUUCAUGCACUCUAUCUUAUCAUCUUGACUCACUACCAUCAAUGGAAGACCAAAACCAGUGUACUACAAGGGACGAACAAUUAAAAAACCUUAAUCUCCCCAAAGUCCUAAUUCACGGUCCCCCAGGUUUUUCCUCUGUUCUCCAACCACCCUUUUCCCAAAAGUUUCAUAUUUUAAACCACUCUUCUCUUCCCCUGCACAAGUUCGCGGCCACCCACGCCCACCACUGUUCCUCCGUCGCCGCCGUGCUCUGCGACGGCGGCUACCCCGUCACUGCCGACGUCCUCCGCCUCCUCCCUUCGCUCCGCCUUCUCGUCACCGCCAGCGCCGGCACCGAUCAUGUCGACCUGGAGGAGUGUCGCCGCCUGGGAGUCCGCGUCGCCGGCGCCGGAAACAUGUUCUCUGAGGACGUUGCCGACUUAGCGGUGGGUUUGUUGAUUGACGUGAUGAUGAAAAUUUCCGCGGCGAAUCGGUGUCUGAGAGAACGGAUUCUGGUAGUUUCACGGGAUUUUCCACUUGCUUCUAUUUUUAAGUUGACAGGAAAGAAAGUUGGAAUUGUUGGUCUGGGAAAAAUUGGCUUAGAAGUGGCACAUAGGCUUGAGGCUUUUGGUUGCAUGAUAUCAUACAACUCUAGGAGCAAAAAAACCUUUGUUUCCUACCCUUUCUAUUCUAGUGUUGUUGAGCUUGCCACUAACAACAAUGUACUUGUUCUUUGUUGUGCUCUUAAUGACCAAACGAGGCACAUGAUCAACAGAGAAGUCAUGUUGGCACUGGGAAAAGGAGGAAUUAUCGUGAAUGUGGCAAGAGGGGCUUUGAUAUAUGAAAAGGAAUUGUUGAGGUGUUUGAUGGAAAGGGAAAUUGGAGGUGCUGGUUUGGAUGUGUUUGAGAAUGAACCUCUUGUGUGUGAAGAGUUCUUUUCGUUGGAUAAUGUAGUUCUAUCUCCACAUGCAGGUUUUUCCACGUUAGAGUCUCAUGAUGGUAUUUGUCAACUUGUGGGACGCAAUUUAGAAGCUUUUUUCUCUAACAAGCCUCUAAUUACUCCAAUCAUAUAGUUGAUUUAGUGCAUGCUUGGACACUCCAACUCAUUGAUAGGAAUCACGUUUCGGACGUGGAACUUAUAAUUAUUAGCUUGUCAAAAUCACAUUCAAGAUAUGAAAAAUCACAUAUAAAAUGUGGAACAAAACACAGUAUUGAUUGUUUCUCACAUUUUUGUCUACCCCCUCGAUGAAUCCUUCUUGGAUAAAUUGUUUUACUUGGUUGGUUUGAGAAAACAUAUAUUGGGUAAAUGUAUAUACUUAGUGAAAUUUGUGAUGUUUCUUGCUGUCACAUUUUCUAUUCGAAUUUCAACCAUAUAUUCUCUACUUAGGCAAAUUGUUAAUUAUUAAUAAUGCACAUUCAGAAUCUAAAAUUCUGCAUACAUGCGGGCAUAUGUGAAUAAGGUUUGGGAUUUUUUUCGUUAUUUUGCUUGUAUUGUGCAAAUUAACAUUACUACAUGAAAACCCAAAACCAGUGUACUACUAGGAAAGUAAGAAUGUGUCACAUGAGAGAGAGAGAGGUAGAGAGAGUGAGAGGUUAUGUGAUUGGGGUUCAAUACCAGGGUAGUGAACGUCAGAAACCCCAUGGGAAGCAAAAUAGUAACAUCACAACAUACUUCUCCUGAUUUCUAGAUGAUUUUGAAAAGUUUGAUCUAUGGAAGGUAUUCCAAAGGUGGGGGAGAGUUUGGGACAUCUUUAUAGCUUAUAGAAGAGACAAAGGGGGUCAUAGAUAUGGGUUUGUCUGCUUCUUGGAGGUCUCCAAUGUGCUUUGGCUUGAAAAACAACUUGAUACUAUUUGGAUUAGGAAGGUGAAGAUGCAUGUUAACCUUCCUAAAUACAGAAAAGGAAAAGGAAUUAUGAAGGAGUAGUAGUAUGAACAAAACAAAUAGCAAAAGGACUCCAACUAUGGACCAGCAGGGGAGGAAUCUACCUCCUACCACCAACCUGCUUUCAACAAUAGGAAAUCAACGUUUCCCCAGAGAAGCAAAUAUACAUUCACACAACAUAUAGUAAGGGUUCCAUGUCUUGUGAAAACAUAACUCAAGGCAAAAUGCAACAUGUACAACCUAAGAAGAUCUGGUUACCAAAACUAGUGGAGCAUGAAGAUUCUCAAGCUAAGUAUAAACAGGCAGCGAGGUGGAAUGGAUGCACUAUAAAUGUACAAGAAAACAAUCACUAGUUAGAGGAUUGUAUGGUGGGUAGAUUGAGAGAAAUAGCAGAUUUUGAUAUAGCCUUUAUAGGUGGCUCUGAAGGCAUCGAAAUGUCCUACCUUGGUGAUGACUUGAUACUAAUCAAAGGUUUGAAUGUAAAAGAAGUUGAAGAUAUGUUGCAACAGGCAGAUGAUAGCUUCCUUCAGUAGAGAAAUGGAGCCCAACCAUUCUCACAUCACACAGACUAUCUUGGGUGAGGUGCUUCGGUGUCCCAUUGAAUGUGUGGAACAAAUAAUAUGAGGAAGAAACAAAUAAUAUGAGGAGGAUUGAUUAUGCGCAACUCCUCAUUAAGGAUUAACGGGAACAUUCAGCAAGUGGACCUGAUUCUUAUUAUUGAUGCACGUGAGAUAGGGGACGUGUCUCCUGUUAGGCCCUUACCAAUCCUAAUUCUCCUGUUGGUGCAACCUCAAACGAGUAUAUUGGUUUGGAAGAUUUGGGAUUCUCUUUCGAAAGGGGCACAGAGAAAUCCUUUUAAAACCAAAUCACAAGUGCUAUCUUCCUCUUCCUCUAGUGAAUUAAAACAAAGGACUAACAAUGGAGGGGGGAACAGAUUUACUGCAAUUAAAAGGUUGACUAGAGUGAUUACUGGAAAUGAUGGCCAUGUAGAAGAUGAAGACAUCAAAAGAAGAAACAAGAUGUUCUUGAUGGAGGUCACUUAUGAUGUGGACCACAGAGAAAUUAUCAAGCUGCUAGCUACCUUAGAACUCAAAGAUGAAGAAUAUAUUCAAAAGGUGAAGAUUAGCAAAACUGGAGGUGCUGCCUCUGGUUCUUGAUGAAGAUACUUUCUUUUAAUGUGAGAGGCCUAGGUGACAAGGCCAAAUGGAGGGUAAUUAGUAGUUUAGUAAUCAAUAAGGAGGUGGACUUUUUGGCUAUUCAGGAAAGGAUGUGAACGGUAUGCUUUGCUCAACACUUUUUGGGAGUGGAAAUUUAGGUUGGGUACAUAAGCCAGCAGUUAAUUGAGUAGGGGGUAUCCUAUGUAUUUGGAAUAAAGACUCACUUGACAUCUCAUCUUGGGUUUUUCGCAAUAGUUUUGUGUAGGUAGAGGGCAGGUGGUUACAAGGGCGACACUCUAUCACCUUGAUAACGAUCUAUGCACAUGUAAACUGUCCUUAAGGAAAGUUGCAUGGAACAAUAUCAUCCAGAGAAGAAGAGCUUCUAGUUCUAAACUCUAGUGUAUUUUGGGGGAAUUUAACAACAUAAGAAGGGAAUCUGAGAGGCAAGAGAAUAAUAUGGUGUCAACUUCUUCUUCCUCCGCAGAAUGUAGAGCAUUUAAUCACUUUAUUUCGGAAGCAGAACUUGAAGAUGUACCAUCAGUUGGGAGAAUGUUCACUUGGUACAAGCCUAAUGGGAUGAUUAAGAGCAGAAUCAACAGGUUCCUUGUAAGCAGAAGUUGGUUUGAUAUCUGGCCGGUAGCGACACAGUGCAUUAUGGACAGAAACAUACCAAAACAUUGCCUGAUUCUACUGACAGAUAUGAUCACUAAUUGGGGGCCCAAACCGUUCAGAGUCCCGAACUAUUGGUUUCUUGAUAAAUCUUUUCAGAGGAGUUGUUGGGAAAUUAUGGCAGGAACAAUAGACAAUAGGAUGGGGUGCAUUUGUACUGAAGGAGAAAUUAAAAGGGACCAAAGAGGGUUUGAAAGAGUGGAGCAGGGUACACUUUGGAGAUAUUCAGAGGAGAAUCAAAGAUACAGUGGUUGAACUAAAUGCCUUGGAUAUUAAGGAGGAAGCUCUACCUUUGACCGAUGGUGAGAAACAAAGAAUAAUAGAAUUGCAAGACAUCUUUUGGUUGGUAUCCAGACAAAAUGAAUCCUUAUUGAUGCAGAAGUCUAGAUCCAAAUGGUUAUUGGAGGGAGAUACUAACUCUAAAUAUUUCCACUCAUUAAUCAACUGGGAAGAGGAGGAAGAACUCUUUAAGAGGUCUUUAUGUGGAUGGCAUAUGGAUUGACUCCCCACUACAAGUCAAGGCAGAAGUCAGAUCAUUCUUUCAGGAAAGAUUCCAGGAGCCACACUACCAAAGGCCACUUCUUAAAAAAGACAUGCUACAUUCAUAUUUUUCUAAGUCUUGUUUCACGAUUAUUUGAGUUGUCUUUACUUAGACUAUGCCCUUUGAAGGUAUAAAUAUGAAGCAGCAGUAUUCUAUCUGGUCUUUGAUAUCUUCGUUGUAUGCCCACUAACUUUGGUAUAUUUAAAAUUUUCAGGUGAUAUUUGAUGUUA